AACAAAUAUCUCCUUUCCUCCUGGGACAGAGAACUGGGCAGAGCAGGACAGAGAAGCAACCAAACCUUCCAAGGCAGUGUCACUUCUCAAUAGCUGGACUGUGUGGGUACUCUGCUUCAGACAUGUAUGGCUUCAGAUUCAUCAUGAUACCAGUUGAGCUUCUUCUUUGCUACCACCUGCUGCAUUCUGUGGAUGCCAUUUCAUAUAGAAAGCAGACAAAUGUCUCUAUGCACCUUUCCUCAUCCUUGGGAUCCCCUCCACUCUUCUCAGGCUCCAUGUCUUGCCAGAAUCUACAUCCAAAGUCUCUACCUGGUUUUGCCCACAUGGCUCCUCUAUCCAAGUUCCUAGUAGGCCUGGCUCUAAGGAACGCCUUGGAGGAAGCUGGCUGCCAAUCUGAUGCCUGGGCCCUACAGUUUCAGCUCUAUCGCUGGGGUGGUGUGAAUGCGACAGAGGGCCUCAUUCACCAUCUUCAAAGGCUCCGGAAAGGCAGAAGUACAGACAGCAGAGUGUCAGUGGAAGCCCUCUCCUCUGUUCUGCAACUGUUAGCCAGGGAGCAGCCAGGGCAAAAGAGGGUGAGACGCUCCUUCUCCACUAAGGACUGUGAGAAUGAGCAGGAGCAAAGUGUGCAUAAUGUCAUCCGUCUAUUGCCAGGAGUAGGAACCUACUAUAACCUGGGCACAGCUUUCUACUAUGCCAUUCAGAAUUGCUCUGACAAGGCCAAGGAACGAGGUCAAGAUGGAGCCCUAGAUCUGGGUUAUGACCUUUUGAUGACCAUGGCAGGACUGUCAGGAGGGCCCACAGGUCUAGUGAUCAGUGCUGCACUUAAACCAGCAUUAAAGGCUGGUGUACAGCAUCUGAUCCAGUAUUAUUAUGAAGAGAAAGAGACAAACAUCCCUCAGCCAGAGACCAGCAAGGAGGGCUUGUGGAGCACCUCAGAUGUGAGUGACUUGGAAGAAACAACUACCAUGUCUCCUUUGGUGUCAGAAGUAGUAAGUCCAGGGCUGGGGAUUUGGCACAGUGGUAAAGUGCUUUUCUGGUAUGGGUGAGGCCUUGGAUUCAAUCCCCAGUACCAAAAUAAGAAAGAGAAAGUAGUAAAUCUAGCUCCCCACUGGGGGUGGAACUUAUUCAAGAGAUGUGCUUAGAUCUUGGUGCUAGGAGUUUUAGGAUAGAAAAGUUGUUAACCACAGAAUGAAUAAAUUGAAGAUUCUGACAUACUGUA